CACUUUUUUAUUAUGAAGAAAAGACCGAAGAGGAGAAAAAUUUUACAAAAAAAUUUAAAAGUGACUUAGAAACGCAGAAAAUCAAAUCGAUUAAUACGUGUCGGAUAUCAAUUCGUUUUUCAAGAAUAUACAGAAAUUUGUAUAUAAAAGUGCAAUUAAAAAAAUUAAUACAAAAUUGGGACUGAGGAUAAUAAAUAAAAAUUAAAUAAAAAACGCUCAACGUUAAAUAUACUAAAAUAGUGUUUUUAAAUUAAAAUAUACAGAGGAUGGCGAAUUCAGCUCCAGCUUCUUCAGCGGCAACUCAAGCAACAAGUGUUGUGGUGCUGGAUCGUGGCAACAAUACCACCUGUACCAUAAAUCUUCAUGGUGCUACUGUUGUUUCCUGGCGGGUUAAUAAUCAGGAGCAGCUCUUUGUGAGUAAACUUGCUUCAUUCGAUGGGAAAAAGGCGAUUCGUGGUGGCAUACCAUUCGUAUUUCCUCAAUUCGGACCAUGGUCAUUUGGUCCACAGCACGGAUUUGCACGAGUUACACGUUGGAGCUUGGAAAAGCCGCCAGAACGUAUGCACAAUGGUGAUGUUGAAGCAAUUUUCUCCUUAAUGGACAACGAAUUUACACGUUCUAUGUGGAAUUACCAAUUUCGAAUCACCUAUCGUCUCAUUUUAAGAGAGAAGGAAUUGCAUUUUCACAUUGGUGUAUAUAAUCCGAGCAAAGAUUUAUCCUUUACAUUUAAUAUGCUUUUGCAUACAUAUUUGAAAGUUCCUGAUGUACGCCGUUGUCAAAUAACCGGUCUACGUGGUUGUACAUUUAUUGAUAAGACUCGUGAAGGCGCGAUCUACCAAGAGGGGCGGGAAAUAGUGACUAUUGGGGAAUGGACCGAUCGAAUUUACCAGCACACUCCACAAGAACAUGUCAUUACAAACGUUGUGUCUGGGCGGAAAAUGCGACUUCAUAAAUACAAUUUUCCAGAUACAGUGAUCUGGAAUCCCUGGAUUGAUCAAGCACGAGAAAUGAGCGACUUCGGCGAUGACGAGUUUCCUAAUAUGCUAUGCGUUGAGUCAGGCCAUGUAUCGUCGCCAGUGAUUUUAUUACCCGGUACAUCCUUCGAGGCCAGUCAAAUACUGCAGAUAUUUGAAUGCCCGAAAGAAACUGAAGGUGAUAUUGAAUUGGCAAACAAAAACAAAAGUAUCAAGAAUAAGCAAGUCAGAGAUGGCGCCAUUUGGAAGUGUUUCGAUUUAGAAAUCCAAUGAUAAAAUCAUAAUCGAAGGGAAUGUCAAUAGAAAAACUAAGCGAAAUCGCUAACGUUUAAAGAAUCGGAACCUGCAGAGGUAAACCGAUUAAUACAAAGUCAUCGCAAAAACGCAGGAAGCAGAAAAAAUUAACAUACAUAUAUAAUAUUGUAACUAAACAUUCCAUAGAAUCUAAAUCAAUGCAUAAAUACAUGUACACGUAUAGCGGAUUGUCCGCGAAAUUAAAAUUGAACUUGCCAAUUUUAUCCUAAAUAACUAUUAUACAAUACUAAAAUAUGUACUAAAAUAUAAAUUUAUUGAAAUCAGUGCAUUCUUCAAAUAUAAUAGCAAUUCUAAUUUAACUCUAAAAAUUAUAAAACAAAAACAACGUUAGCUUGUAAUUAAAGGUGCUAUGCGUCAAUGCGUUCAAGUUAUGUAAAUACAUACAUAUGUAAAUAUGUAUGUAUCUGAUUUAUAGGAAGUUUAUACAUUGUGUUUAAUAAAACCAGAUUUAUUUAAAAUUUCUUAUUUUUGGUAUAAGUUUUCUUGUUUUGCAAAAUUGUAGCUAAUUCUCUAUAAGACUGUGAUUUCUAUGCAAAAAAUUAUACGAAGCAUCUUGUUGCUAAUACUAAUUUUCUUCCAGUAGUUACAAUACAUAUGAAAAUAAACAAU